GAUUUGCCUUUGUUUGUCGCCAUUGUUUUUCUUCUGCUACAGCAAAAUUAAAGCGGAUAUUGUUGUCCUCCUGCGUCCCAGACAAAUAUUUACACGGUGUACGUUAUGGCAAAUAUUCCUCCGGUCAAUUCCAGAGUGUACGUUGGCGGAUUGGGAGAACAAGCGAAAGUGGAGGAGUUCGAAGAGUUGUUCAAAGAUUUUCAGCCAUACCAAGACUUGACGCUUCUGCGCGGAUUCGGGUUCAUACAGUUUCAUUCCGAAAAGGCAGCUUCUGCUGCCAUCAAGGCGAUGAACGGCAAGCUGUUCAACGGUCGAAAACUGAUGGUAAAGGUGGCCAACGACAAUCGCGCAAAGAAGGGAUUGCUACCGCGGGGUAGUACAGCAGCUUCGAAUGCCAAGUCAAACGCGUCGGGUGCCGCUGCCCGCGACCGUUCGCCCGUGGAUCCGAUCCAUCCGAUCAAACGUGGAUACCAUCCACAGCAAUACAGUGUUGCCGAUUUAAGUAGCGUGUAUCCGGAGACCCCGAUCGGGCAGGCACCACAUCGAGGAAUAGAAAGCAAUGAUUGUGAAAUCAUAGUGGUGAACAAGGAGCUAACCCCAUAUGCGGAAGGUAUUGAAGCUCGUCUGAAGCGGGCGGGUUUGAGCGUAGAUCUACUGUUUCCCAACAAUGACGUGCCGAUUGGCAAGGUACUUGCAAACAGAGCAUCUCAGGGUACAUACUACUGCAUUGUCAUCACUCCAGAGAAUCAAGAACGCAACAGCAUUACCGUAAAUGUGCUGUACGGUAUACCGGCGGAGCACCGCAACAUGCCCACGGAUGAUGCUAUAGGGUUCAUCGUGAAGAACUUCGACGAUAAGCGAAGGCAGGAGCUUGCGCCCCAUAGCCGAUCUGCUUACCACCGUGUGGCUCCAGCAGUUCAGCCACAACCUCAGCCAGCACAACUGCACACAGAUCUUGAGCAAAGGCAAGAAAAGCACCCAGAAGCGAUUCAGAACAUGAUCAACCUGUUGGCCGCAAAUCGCUCCCUGACCGUGCUGCAAUACGAAAGGCUAAUCAAAUAUCUGAACGAACGCAAAGAGACGCAGAUCCGGCUGGAACUGGGAGAGGAUGUGGAUAGUACGACCGCAAGCUCCCUAAUACCACCGAUAGUUUCCGCUGCUCCGGUAAAAAGCAAACAGGAAACGGAGCGAGAACUGCAGAGGAAAAUUUUGGACAUCAUGAACAAACCAUCGAUUUUAGGUGUUGCGAAGCCUGUAGCUUCAGUCGAAACCAAGCCGAGUACGAACACCAUGCCAACGUCCACACUGUUGCAUGACCCCAAGGUACAGCGAGCGCUAGACUCACUGUUGCAAAGUCAGUUGUUUUCAAACGUUAACGUGGGAUACAAGAUGUAAUAAGCAUUAUAACCUAUUUUAAACAUUUAAAUUAUAAUAAUACCUGCAAUUAUAAUGCCUGUCUGCACGAAUCGCAAGGAAUGAACGUUAAAGAAUAAAACGUUUUCUCUUCAAUUAUUCGCAGCGGCGGGCCCACAGAAAUAGUCGCGCAAUAGUUAAGCAAAGCUGUUCUGUCCAGCUUUGUGGAUCCGUCUAAUACUUUUAUUAAAACAGCAACAUUUGAUCGUUAAUAAAAAUUGUAUAUGCUAAUUAAAGUUGCAUAAGCACCAAUU